ACGGUUGCUCCUCGUGUGUGUAUUUAUUUAUUUCUUAGUUUAAAAGUCUUCUAUAGGAUGCACAUCAACAUAUGACUGCUGUAUACCAAAAAAUAAAAAUAAAAUAAAAUAAUAAUUCAAUUGAAAGGUAAUCAUAAUAAAAAAAAGAAAACGGUAAAAAAGAGUGAAGAUCAAGCAAAAAAAAAAUAAGAAAGCAAAAAAUGAUAAAUAAUGGGCACUGAAUAAAAAUAAAAAAAAAUAAAAUAAAAAAUGAGUGUUAAUUUAAGUGAAAAAAAAAAUAAAUAAAUAAAAAAAAAUGCCGACCGAAUUAGAAAUUGAGGAAAUAUAUAAUUUGUUGUCGCGACAUCGCACACAAAUCGGCAAAGAUAUCCAAGUCCAUCUUUUGGGACUUUUAGUGAAAAAGAAUGUCCUAACGUUAGACCAAGAGGAGUUUAUCAACAACGGGCCCACAACCGACGACAAAGUCAACAAAUUAAUCGAUAUUAUCUCGAAAAAUGGUUACGACAAAUUCCAAGAGUUCUGUUACUCCAUCGAAAGUGAAUUCACGAAACUCAUAACGGAUUUAAUUAACGACGGACUAAAUUGCAGUGCGGAUAAUUACAUCAAAAACGGUAGUAAUUCUGAUGAGCCACCCAGUAGUGCAAACGAAGACACAUCUGAAGCAAUUACAAACCACAGCAAUCAUCGAAGAUCCACAAGUCGUUCCUCCAUCACAACUACGACUCUCGAACGAAGCAGCGGCUCUCCAACGCUGAGCAACAACAGCCAAAAAACCAACAACGACAGCGAAAACACGACACAACCCUUGAAUGUUACCAACAAUACCGACAAUAACAGCAUUUACAACACAAUUUCUUCGACGUCGCAGCUCACGAGUAGCAUCAACAACAACGACGGCGGCAACGGAAGCAAUACCAACACUUUGAACAACAACAAAACGCUUGACGAUGUCGCCAUUACGCCAACUAAGGAGAAACGUUCCUCGAAAGAUCGUGAUCGCGAUCGCAACAUGUUCACGUUACCGGCGCAAAAAGACGGCAUUUUCGGGACUUUGAAGAAACAUGCGAAGCGUUUUAGUUCGCAAUCGUUCUCCGAGGGAAAAUGUGACCCGAAUCGCGUCAAUCGCGCAAACAGACCAAAGAGAGACAAGUACAACCGAGCUUACUACUCGAUGAAUGAGACGAUCGAAGUGCUGGGCGAUCAAGUUAUCGAAGAUGAAACUGUGAACGAUAGAUCAGCAUGGGAUUAUCAAACAGUAACGUUAUCGCGCGUGCCAGGAUUUGGAUUUGGAAUUGCCGUUUCAGGCGGAAAAGACAAUCCGCACUUUGCUAAUGGCGAUCCAAGUAUUGCAGUUAGUGAUGUAUUGGCUUCGGGGCCUGCGGAAGAUAAAUUACAAGUAAACGAUCGAAUCAUCACCGUCAACGGCAUCAGUCUCGAAAAUGUCGAAUACGCGACAGCAGUUCAAGUAUUACGUGACAGCGGCAAUACCGUAACUCUCGUCGUAAAACGUCGCAUCCCGCAAGGCUUAAAUGGCGCGAUGCUUUCGCCUUCGCACCAACACUCCCACAGUCUCAGUUCUGCUGGUCUCAACAGCAACAACGGAUCUCAACCCCAAAACAAAGUAGUUAUCACAAAAGGCAGCAAAAAAGAGGAUUUCGGCAUCGUGCUCGGAUGCAAACUCUAUGUCAAAGAAAUCUCGUCGAAAACAAAGGAGCAACUUGCAGCAAAUGGAUACACGUUGAAUGAAGGAGACAUCAUCACACGCAUCCAUAACACAAACUGCAACGAUUCGCUGAGCAUCAAAGAAGCGAAAAAAAUAAUUGACAGCUGCAAAGAUCGCCUAACGAUAUCUGUGAUGCGCGGAGAUGGAACAACGACAGUUCCCACGAACAAUUCGGGCAUGCAAAGCCCCGCUUAUAGUCACACGGCGCAAGUUUCCAACUGCAGCAAUAUCGAUGAUAAUUAUUUGUCGGGCGGCGCUUCGUAUUCGGCGCAAAAUUUAUACGUUCAACCGCCGACAAGAACACCGGGCAACAAUUCAGGCGACGACAAAAGUAAUUUAACGCCUCGAGGACGUUCGAGAAACCCCUUAACUGACAUUUCUUUACAACAAUUAGAUCGACCAGCAACUCCUCCCGGCGGAAUUAGCCAUUCUCGAUCACGAAGCGGAAUUGAUCAAGAACUUCCUCGUCCUCCGCCGCCCCGAACGCAACAAGAAGACUACUACAGUUCACGUCGCCAGUUGUACGACGACGAUCAAAGUCUGCGAAAUAAGCCUUCUGAACCGCGUUACAUCACUUUCCAGAAAGAAGGCUCCGUGGGAAUUCGUUUAACGGGCGGCAAUGAAGUCGGAAUUUUCGUUACUGCAGUGCAACAAGGGAGUCCUGCGUCAGUUCAAGGUCUCGUGCCGGGCGAUAAGAUCCUCAAAGUCAACGAUAUGGACAUGAAUGGCGUCACACGCGAAGAAGCUGUCUUGUUUUUGCUCAGUUUGCAAGAUCGCAUCGACCUGAUUGUGCAAUAUAGCAAGGAAGAGUACGACAAUGUAAUUGCCACGCAACGCGGCGACUCAUUUCACAUUAAAACGCACUUCCAUUACGAUACCCCAUCAAAAGGCGAGACUCCCUUCAAAGCAGGUGACGUUUUUCGAGUCGUUGACACUUUGUACAAUGGCGUCGUUGGUGCCUGGCAAGUCAUAAAAGUCGGCAGAGGGCAUACGGAAACGCAACGCGGCGUAAUUCCGAACAAAGCACGUGCCGAGGAACUGGCAACAGCCCAAUUUAACGCCACGAAGAAAGAAAUCAACGAUUCCCAGUCGCGUGUUGGGUUCUUUAGACGUCGUCGUACGAAUCACAGACGUUCGAAAUCGUUAUCGCGCGAAAAUUGGGACGACGUCGUCUUUUCCGACAGUAUUUCAAAGUUCCCCGCCUAUGAGAGAGUCGUUUUACGCCAUCCGGGAUUCGUUCGCCCGGUUUGUCUCUUUGGCCCAACGUCAGAUGUCGCUCGUGAACGUCUCAUGAAAGAAUUUCCGGAUAAAUUUACAGCUCCGUUGCAAGACGAUGACAAAGGCAGCAAAUGUGGCAUCGUUCGUUUGUCAAAUAUUCGUGAUAUAAUGGACCGAGGGAAGCAUGCGUUGCUCGAUAUCACGCCAAAUGCCGUCGAUCGUCUCAAUUAUGCUCAAUUUUACCCCAUUGUGAUAUUCCUGAAGGCGGAUAAUAAGCACGUGAUUAAGCAAUUGCGACAAGGCAUCCCGAAAUCCGCGCAUAAAAGCUCGAAAAAGCUCCUGGAACAGUGUCAGAAGUUGGAAAAAGUUUGGUCGCAUGUCUUUAGCACGACGAUAAUGCUGAGCGAAGGCGAUCAAUGGUACCGCAAAGUACGGGAGAUGAUCGAACAACAGCAAAGCGGUGCGGUUUGGAUGUCAGAAACGAAGCCUGUCGAAUCCUUGUCCGACGACUUCCUUUUCCCCAUGAAUACGUCGCGUCUCUCAUACGCAUCAUCGCCCGAAAGCGAUCUCGAAAUCGGGCCCGGGCCAUCGAGUUCACUCUCAUUAGGCAACUUACCGGCAUUGGUGAAAGCAAGCUCAGAUCCAUCCAUCGCAACUAAUCAGGAUAACUUGGAUAGGGAUCGGGAAUUAGGUGAAGGAAUGGGAUUAAUGCCGCCGCCCUACACGAAUCCUUAUGAACACGCAACUGCCCAUCAACGUCGCCUGAAUGUCGAAACGAAAUACGGUUUCAACCAAAAUGGCAGCACAGACGACUUGGGAUCAUCUCGCAUCCAAAACUCCACGAUGCUCAGUCAAAACGGCAGUCAAGGUCUCUAUGGAGCAGUUCCUGAUUUGCCUCCUCGCAUAGAUCGCGGUUCAAAGCCACCCGGAGGUCAAAGUGUUCUUCCAAGUACGCCCGGUUCGUCGUUGCCAUCCCGAAAUUCCUCCUCGUUGCACGGCAACACCAACAGUUUGGGUCGUUCGGCGCACGAACGUCUCUUCGGAUCAAAAUCCAUGGAUCACGGAGACCCAUCUGCGUCGAAUCCCAUGAUGAGUGACGAUUACGCGACACGAACGCAACUGCUUGGAUCGACAGACAAACGCAAUGGAAACGGCACAAAUUCUUCGUUGGAUCGCAGCAAAGCCACAAAAAUGGGAAAUAGCUCGUAUGAUAGCGUCUCGAGCUACGAUUCGUACAACACGUCGCAAAUGACGCCGCAAACAGCGAUGAGAUUGGGACCUAAUGCGCCGGAUGAUCUCAAAUCUGUACCGAAUACAAAUGGGCGCCCUCCAUUAACUCCGAACCAAAAUCAGGAAUAUCGCACGAGUGAUGUCAUGGGUUCACCGCGAAACAGUCAUUUGCAUCAAGAUAUGAUCGGAAAUCGUAAUUCCAUGCACGAUAGAAGCGGAUAUAAUGGCGAUAUCAGUUCUCGAAGCAUUGGAUCACACGAACCAUUGACGCCACGUAACUCAAAUGAUCGCCCAAUGAACAUGAACAUUCCACAAAGACCCACAAAUCUCGGUUUGGAUGGUCCUCGUAAGCAAAUGAUCGAUUCGAAAGUUGACUACGGCAAAUACAGUCGUAACAAUUCUGUAUCCCAAGCCGAUUAUAGCAAGUCAUCGCCAAAGCCUGCGCAUCAAAUGGGACCUCCGCAAACGAAUGGAGCGCCAUUUAAGCCUGUACCGCCUCCAAAACCGAAGAAUUAUCGUCCUCCAGUUCAAGGAGAACCAAUUUCUCCUCGUUCCCCGAAUGGAUUUUAUUACCCGCCAUCGUCCCAUCAUCAUUAUGGGCAACAAGGAAUGCCACCGCAAAACGGAAAUCAGAUGCAAUACGGACAAUAUGUCACACAUAUGGGCAACGGAUAUGGCACGAAUGGUCAACAACCGAUUUAUGGAAGCAGAGAACCUCCCAUGACGAACGGUUAUAACGGAAAUUACGGUCAAAAUUAUGCUGCAAUGCCACGAGGACAUGGAGUUCCUCCCGUUCCUGCCCAUCAUCCGUCAGAUCGACGCGCAUUAGAUCUCGCUGGAAGUCGCGAGCAACGCGGAUCAGCUUUUGAGCUUUAUCGCAAGCCUUCUAUUGGAGCAGGCGUUCAUCAUGGCAUGAGUGACCCAUCUCAGCAACUAAUGUUCGCAAAUGCACACGAGUAUAACGAGUAUCAGCAGUUCAUGGCGCGUCAACGGGAGAUGAUUGCUUCGGGUGCGCAACCAGCAUUACCGCCAAAACCGAAGAAAAAAUUACUCCGUUCGCCCUUGACAGCAAUUAAAAAUGCUUUUAUCAAGACAACGCGCCCCCUGCGACGUCAAGUGAGCUUAAACGAAAGCGAUUCCGAGCCAAAAAAGCUCAAAUCCAUCUUGAAACGUCAAAAUUCGAUGAUGGAACCACGAAAUAUGCGACAAAGACCCGGCAUGUAUCCGCCCGGGUAUGAUCCGUACAGCAUGCAACAACAACAGUAUUAUCCGCCGCCGCAGCAAAAUUACAUGCCGGGACAAUAUCCGAUGGCGCGACACGAACCUUAUUAUCCGAACGACCCAAAUAGCACAUACACGAAUUUAGAAUCGGAUUACGGGGCUUACGGGCAUGGAGAUUACUACGAAGAGGAAAAUAUUUAUGCGAAUCGUGCAAGAAUUGAAUUAGAACGAAGAGCAUUGCCUCCGGUUCCUCCGUCGCAUGGGGUUUCGCAAUAUGGGACUGCAAGUCGACUCAUGCGAAGACACAGUUUGCGCGAUCGUCGAGCGGGAAAUUACACUCCGACAUCCGAAACGGGCGCAUAUCCCAAAAAUUCGCAACCUUACAUGGAAGAACCGAUCUAUCAAAGCAAAAGGGGGUCAUUUUUAUUGAACGAAACACGUGAAAGUGCUCGAAGAUUCGAAGAAUCGCCGUAUCAGCAUCGAAAAGAGCUCCAUCGGAACCAUUUGUAUCAAAGCAAGGAAGAGAUGCAAGAGAGAAUCCAUCAAAGUAGACGAGAAUUCGAGAAAUUAAGCAUUGACGAGAACGCAGGAAGUCCCGUAACGACCCCCACGAGCGAAGAAUUGCUCGAAACCAAACGUCGCGAGAUGAAAGAACGCGGAUAUCGUUCAAAACAGCAACUAAAAGACCAAAUUUAUCAAUCGCGACGCGAAGCAAUGGAAUCUAUGGCUGAACCGGUUUACGUUUCAAAGCGCGAAUUGAAGCAAGAAACGAUUUACGAGUCAAAACACGAGACAAGCGAAGAAAAUUUGGAAAAAUCGACGCAAAUUAAAAAGGAACCCUCAUUGUACAAGUUCCCUCCAUUACCUCCGCCCCCGAAAACGCCUCCGCCAGAUCCGCCAAGCCAUCCGCCGUCACAGUCAAAAGACGCUUCCAAAGAUUCGAACGAUUCGACACUCAAAUCGGGCGAUCAAACGGUCAUUAGUUCGUCGAAAAAUGCUCCUCUUGCUUCAAUUGACUCCGAAGAAGAAGAUGAAACCAUUAAAAAAAAUAACGAAUCCGAUAUUGAAAAAGCUCUCGCAGCAGCGGAAAAAAUUAAAGUUACCUCUCCGUUAGCGCGGCGACCUUCUCACAUCUCGAACGUAAUAAAACGCACGGCGCCUGUGGAUAAUGCCGCUAUUUAUGCUUCUCGUACUUCGAUUGAGACGCAAUACGUGUCACAAGCAAGUUUGCCAAUUGGACCGCCAAAUGCCCAAAGUACGCCGUAUGCGAGUGAUUUGUCCUUGGCUCAAGCGGGAGCAGCAGCUGCAAAGAAACCAUGGAUAUUGCCGACAGUUCCGCGUGAACCGAUGACGACAAAGGGAGUUUUUGACAGCGAAGGAGGGAAAUUAGAAGAUCAUUUGUGGAAUGUAACGUUAGUUAUACCAAAAGGAGCGAUUCCGCCGGGUGUUAAACAAGAAGUUUAUUUUACCGUAACUGAUCCACGGAUGGCGAAUCAAGUUGGAGGACCCCCAUUAGACAUGGAAAAUGGUGAAGCAAUGUUAUCUCCCCUCGUAAUGUGCGGACCGCAAGGCCUCGAAUUUCAAGUACCAGUAAUCUUAAGUAUUCCUCAUUGCGCUGGAGCAACGCCAUCCCUCGGCGUCUCACUCAAAGCUACGGACUCUGAAAAGAAUCUCCGCACAGAAUGGGAUAACAUGGAUUUGCCAAGUAAUGCCGCAGCUUCGACAGUUUCCGUUACAGUUGAUCAUUUUUAAAAUUUCGCCAUUUUUAUUUUUUUUUUUAAUUUUUCAAACACGUGCCUCACGAGCAUUUUUCAUGUAUUUUAGUUAAAUAUUUUUUUUUUCAUACAGGAAUCAUUUUUAUGUGUAGUAAAAUUUUGAUGUAUUGUAGUAGAUUUUAAGUUGUAAACAAAAAAAAAAUAUUAAUUAAUUAUUAGCCAAAGCAAUUU